GCAUCUUUGUUUACUCGCAGCGCAGCUGCUGAAGGGUCCCAGACCGCUGAGACGUCCUGUGUUUGUCAGUCACCCGCGGCUUGUCUCACAGAAACGGAUCGUUUCUUUGUCUGGUUUGCGUUUAAUUAACUGUAAUAUGUCGGAAAACGGCUCCGGGCCCAGAGAGGACUGUACAGACGCCAGAAGAGACGAUGGACAGCAGUCAGCGGGGUCUUUGUCUGCCUCUGGUCCCAUGGACGUGGAUGCCAAAGCCCACUCCCACAGCUUCAGAUACAGCCUGGCUUUCCCCAGCAUCGGCCAGUGCAUCAUCAUCAACAACAAGAACUUUGACAGAAGAACUGGCAUGAAUCAGCGAAACGGUACUGACGUAGAUGCAGCCAACGCAAUGAAAGUCUUUACCAAGUUGGGUUAUAAAGUGAAGGUUUACAACGACCAGACAGUGGAGCAAAUGAAACAGGUUUUAAUGACUGUGUCAAAGGAAGAUCACAGCUGCUCAGCGUCAUUCGUCUGUGUUCUGUUGAGUCAUGGAGAUGAGGGCGUGUUCUUCGGUACAGAUGGAUCCGUCGAGCUCAAGUACCUUACGUCACUUUUUCGAGGUGAUCGCUGCAGAUCACUAGUGGGAAAGCCCAAACUCUUCUUCAUCCAGGCUUGCAGAGGCACCGAUCUGGAUGCAGGCAUUGAAACAGACAGUGGAGAAGAUACAACCAAGAUCCCUGUGGAGGCAGACUUCCUCUACGCUUUCUCCACAGCACCAGGCUACUACUCGUGGAGGAACACCAUGACUGGGUCUUGGUUCAUGCAGUCACUCUGCGACAUGAUCAGCAAAUAUGGAAAAGAAUUAGAGCUCCAGCACAUCAUGACACGAGUUAACCACAAGGUGGCGGUAGAGUUUGAGUCUGUGUCCAAUUCACCAGGCUUUGAUGCAAAGAAACAAAUCCCCUGCAUCGUGUCAAUGCUGACCAAAGAGAUGUAUUUUACUCCUUGAUGCCACUUCCAUGUCAGAGGAAAGGCCUGUGGGUGUGUAUGGGAAGGUGAGAAUUCUUUUAGUUUACCCUUUGUAAGUAAAGUUCUCCUGAAGCUUGGGUAUUUCUGGGAGAGUAGAUGUGAUGCAAAGUUGCAGUCACAUUUCACAAGCUUGGCAUUACAAGGUUGUUUCAGUGUGAAGUGUAGCUCUGAUAUAUAUGGCAUUCUUUUUUUUUUUUUACCCCGGCAGCAUGCCUUUUUUUUUUUUUUUUUUUUUUUUACAACUAUGUGAACAUAAACUAAAACCUACAGUAAUAAUAACUACAACACCGGUAAUAGUGGGAAUCCAGACUCACAGUGUGUUACCAGUUGCCUCUUUGCUGUUUACACUCUACACAUUUCAGGGAAACAUGUUUGGAGGCAGUUUAAUAGGAAGUUUGACCUUCUGUAUUUGUGUAAUCAUGAAACCACAGAUGGGCCCGCUGCCCUCCAGCAACAACAUUUUUAUGAAUCCGCAAUUUUAUCGUAACUCAAGUGUCUGAGCAACAUGAUGGUGUGUUAUGAAAGGAUCAUGUCUGUAAUUUUUUUUCUCGUUUUCCGUUCUUAUCGCUCCACUACUGUGUCAGUGUAGUGGCAUCUGACUUGAAGGUUGUACAACCAAAACAUAACCGUCAUUUACUGAACUGGUACCUGAUGAGUUGUGUGAAGUUGACAUGAAAGCAGCAAUUGAACUCGGGAGGUAAAUUGAUGUGUGGAAAAUUCAGAAGCUUCCUGGGAGCUGCCUUGUGAUUUGUGAGUUAUGAAGCUCAGAAGUAUGUUUUGUUUUUUUUCCUGAACAUGGAUUUCUUUGAAUGAACUGUUGCCUGUGAAUAUCUUCAGAUUAGUGGGAACACAGGCUUUAUAGCGUGCAUGAGUAAUAAUGCUGUCACAGUUUGAUCAGUUGUACUUGAACUCAGCGUUACAUUUUAUGUUUAGCAGUUGUUUAUUGGUCAGAUUAACUUCAUAUGGGGCUUCAUGGCAAAAAGUUAGUUUGAUUAAUAACAGAAAUCAACCUCUAAAGCUGAAAUGAAAAAAGUCGAUAUAUUGAUUAUACAAUUGAUGGAAAAUUAAUUGGCAACAGUUUUAAUGUGAUUUAUUUUGGUUGUUUAAGAAAAAAAUGAAAAAAAUAUCACUUGUACCAGCAUUUUGAACAUGAAUUUUUGCUUUAUAAUCUCAAGAUUUAGUACUGUUGACCAAACAAAACUAGAAAUUUGAAUAUUUUCAGGGAAUAUUGAAGUGCCUUUUUCACUGAACAAUUGGCCAUUAAAAAAAAAAAAGCCAUACUGUAGUGCAUUGGCGAUUUAAAAAAAAAAAAAGAAGUUUUUGUUUGCAGCCUUGCAAUACUCUGACGUCUGAUAUUUUCUUUGUGUUUAUCAUUUAACACAGAAGAAAUCACAACAGAUAUAAACUAAAGCAAUUCAGGUUUCGAAAUGAGAUUUUCACACAGUCUCUCUACGGAACCAGAGCCACUCGAUAGGAAUGAAGGACCCAUCAUAGCUGAUUUUGUACUUCACUGAUGCAAAUUUCUAACCUUCAUAAUUAAUCAAAUGUGUACGUCUGUAUUCUAGUGAAUUAUUGUAGAAUCAUGAGUCAAAGCUGUACAUGUGAUCAUCUGCAUGAACUGAUUUACAAGAGAAAAAAAAGCACAGUUUACUUAAGUGUGCGCUGAUCCUGGUGGUGCUCCUUUGUGUAUCUGAUUGCUGUCAACAUUUACAGCAAACACACUGAAUCUGUCACUGUGUGCUGUUAGAAUAUUUUGUUCACUGUUGAUGUGUGACAAUCCAGUUUUUAAGUCGCAUUAUGCAACAUUUUGCUCUGAACGUCGCUUCUCUGCUUUUUUUGUAACGUCACUGUUUUGUAAGCAGCUAUGUACUGUGAGGUUGGUGUCAUGUUUUUCCUUAAAAUAAAUACCACUUUUCAUCCUG